AUGGGCAAAAUCCCGACAUGGCCCAAUGCAAAUCACGAGAAAGAUGUAAUCGACAUUCUCAUAUGGAAUCGAUGGUUAUUGCGCGUUCUUGGGAUCUGGCCACUGAUAUAUCCGGACACCACGAUGAUCGAAAAGGUCCUAGCAACGUUCUCGUUUGCAUUGUGUUGGAUUGUACUCGGUUUAUUCCUGGUACUUACGAGCAUGUACACCUUUACGGACCGAAGUAUCAUGGGUGAGAAAAUGAAGAUGCUGGGCCCACUAGGUUACGUGUUCUUUUCUAUGCUGAAGUACCUUUUCCUAGUGAUACGUCAUAAGAGUAUUCGACGAUGCGUUCAGAUUCUCAGUACAGAUUGGCGUAUGGUUCAAGAAAAAUAUCAUCGGGAAAUCAUGAUGAGGGACGCGGAGAAGGGCCACUUACUGUCCAAGUUUUGUAUAGUAUUCAUGUAUUGUGGCGGCUUGUCUUACAAUACAGUAAUGCCAUUCCUAUCGCAAACAUCUGACGCAAACGAACAGAAUGUCACCGUCCGACCAAUGGCUUAUCUCGGCUUCGAUAUUGUUUUCGAUUUGCAAUUAAUGCCAGUUUAUGUGUUUGCCUUUUCUCUUCAAUGUUUUAUCGGUAUUGUUAUGUUCAACAUCACCACGUCAGUGUGCUGCUUAGCAGCCAUGUUCGUCGCUCACGCAUGUGGUCAAAUCGACAUUGUGAUUGCACGUGUGGAGAACCUUUUCAAGGGAGAACGCGAUCAUACCAAGUUCGAGAAAUACAUGGCGAUUAUCGUGCAGCAUCACGUGAGAACAUUAAGAUUUUCAGCUGGCAUUGAAGAUACUUUGCGCGAGUUAUGUCUAGUCGAAAUAGUGGGAACGACAUUGAUAAUGUGCUUGGUAGAAUAUUCCUUGAUAACGGAAUGGAACAAUAGUGAUGGUAUAGCAAUCUUCACGUACUUUUUUCUAUUUAUUUCAUUUGUCUUCAACAUCUUUAUAUUUUGUUACAUCGGCGAAUUAUUAACGGAGCAGUGCAGCAAAGUCGGGAAUACUACAUAUAAAAUCGAAUGGUAUAAUUUACCGGGAAAAGUCGCUCUUGAUUUAAUGCUGAUGAUUAAUAUGUCUGGACAUCCGGUACAAAUUACUGCUGGAAGAUUAUUAAGUCUCUCCUUUGCAAAUUUUGGAAAUGUAGAAAUACAACUAUGA